CACCGAGAAAGUUUCACGAACACCAACCCUCUGUUCUCUUCCUUUCUUCCUCACUCUUCUUCCAUGGCUUCCAAUGACCUCAGACAUCGACUCACACUGCAUCCAGACACCGCCGCCAACGACAACGGGAUGAUCGGAGACAAACGCCAGAAACGAAAGAUGAUGGCCAAACGCGGCCUAAAGUCACUCGCCAUAGCUGUUACCCUCCCGUUCUUGCUCACCGUCUUAUCAGCAUGCAUAGGCUCCUCCAUCACCGCUGAUGAUUCUCUCUCUACCAGAAGACCCUUCUGGUUCCCACCCUCCUGGGCCGUGCACUUCACCUGCCCCGCCAUAAGCUUCUUGACGGGUAUGGCCGCCUGGAUGGUCUGGGCAGAAGGAGGUUUCCACCGAAACCGCAUGGCUCUGUUGUUUUACUUCACUCAAAUCCUUUUCGCGGUGCUCUGGGAUCCCCUUGUGUUUGCUGCUGGGGCCACACGGCUCAGCCUGAUGCUCUGUUUAGGGUUGUUCGUGAGCCAGUACGGGUGCAUGCUUGUGUUUCGCUCCGUCAAUCCCAUUGCUGCUGAUUUGAUAAAGCCUUCUCUGGCAUGGGUUGCUUUUCUAUCUAUUGUAAAUAUUAAGCUCCUUUUUAUCUGAACGCAUACAUGCAUAUUUAUACACCCCACUGCUACUACCAAUGAAGAUGAAGCCAACAGUGUUA